AAUCUGUUUUCAGGCUGCAAGCUGCUAUAUAAACAAGACUUUGCAAGACGGUUAGGACUGAGAUGUGUUACUUGUAAUUACUGCUCACAGCUGUGCAAAAAGGGAGCAACUAAGGAACUUGAUGGUGUAGUGAGAGAUUUCUGCAGUGAAGAGUGCUGUAAAAAAUUUCAGGACUGGUACUACAAGGCUGCACGGUGUGACUGUUGUAAGUCACAAGGAACUCUCAGAGAGAAAGUGCAGUGGCGUGGAGAAAUGAAACACUUUUGUGAUCAGCACUGUUUGCUCCGUUUCUACUGUCAGCAAAAUGAACCAAAUCUGGCAACCCAAAAAGGACCGGAGAACUUACAAUAUGAUCAGGGCUGUCAAACUCCCCGAACAAAAAUAACAGGGUCAGCACCACCACCUUCCCCAACCCCUAACAGGGAGAUGAAGAACAAGGCUGUUCUGUGCAAGCCUUUGACAAUGACAAAAGCCACAUACUGUAAACCUCAUAUGCAGACAAAAUCCUGUCAGACAGAAGAUGAUUGGAAAAAAGAGUAUGUCCCAGUGCCUAUUCCUGUACCCAUCUACGUCCCGGUGCCUAUGAACAUGUAUAGCCAAACUGUUCCUGUUCCUACUUCAAUUCCUGUUCCUGUGCCAGUUCCCAUUUUCUUGCCCACUACUCUGGACAGCACUGAGAAAAUCUUUGCAGCAAUAGAAGACCUGAGGGGGAAAGUUCCCUCAAAUCCUCUGGAAACGGAACUGCUGACCUUGUCAGGGAUGGUGCCUGAACAUGAAGGAAAAGCAGAAGUUUCUGAUGCCACCAGUGUGAUAGCUGAAUCCAAUCUACUAAAUUCCGAAACGGAGGCACAGACAAGCUUGCCAGAUGUUCCAUACGAACCUGACCUCGAUAUUGAAAUAGACUUUCCAAGAGCAACUGAAGAGCUUGAUACAGAAAAUGAGUUUUUAUUGCCUCCUGUUUUUGGAGAAGAAUAUGAGGAGCAGCCAAGGCCUCGUUCAAAAAAGAAGGGAGUGAAGAGGAGAGCAGUGUCAGAGUACCAAUCACAUGAUGAUAGCUCUGAAAACUCAGAAUGUAGUUUUCCAUUCAAAUACACGUAUGGUGUGAAUGCAUGGAAGCACUGGGUAAAGUCUCGGCAUUUAGAUGAAGAGCUUCCAGAAUUAGAGGAACUGAAAUCAACAAAGUCUGUGAAAUUAAAGGAAGAUCUAUUAUCACAUACUUCAGCUGAGUUAAACUAUGGGUUGGCCCAUUUUGUCAACGAAAUUCGAAGGCCUAAUGGAGAGAACUAUGCACCUGACAGCAUCUAUUAUCUGUGUCUUGGGAUUCAGGAGUAUUUAUAUGGAAGUAAUCGAAAAGACAACAUAUUUAUUGAUCCAAUCUACCAGACAUUUGAACAAGAAUUAAAUAAAAUCCUUAGAAGUUGGCAACCAAGCAUACUUCCAGAUGGAUCAAUAUUCUCUCGAGUGGAAGAGGAUUAUCUAUGGAGGAUCAAACAGCUAGGAUCACAUUCGCCAGUUGCUCUUCUGAAUACUCUAUUCUACUUUAACACCAAGUAUUUUGGUCUGAAAACAGUGGAACAGCACUUAAGACUUUCUUUUGGCACUGUUUUUAGACAGUGGAAAAAAAAUCCUCUAACAAUGGAAAGCAAAGCUUGUCUUCGAUAUCAGGUGUCUUCCCUGUGCAGAGCUGAUAGUGAAGAUAAAAUUACUACUGGGAAAAGGAAACAUGAAGAUGAUGAACCUGUAUUUGAACAAAUUGAAAACACAUCUGAUCCAACUAGAUGCCCUGUGAAACUGUUUGAGUGCUAUCUGUCUAAAAGCCCACAGAAUCUGAAUCAGAGGACGGACAUGUUCUAUUUGCAGCCAGAAUGCUCUGUCUCCUCAGAUAGUUCUGUCUGGUACACUUCCACCUCACUGGAUCGCAACACUUUGGAAAAUAUGCUUGUACGGGUUCUUUUAGUAAAAGAUAUUUAUGAAAAAGACAAUUAUGAACUGGAUGAAGACAUAGAUUAAAACAAACUUCCAAAAACAGACAAGAAAAAAACAGCAUUAGAUAUAGUCAUGCUGCUAGACUUUUAUUAUGGAGAACAUUUCAAGUUUACCCUUUGUUUUAUGAGUUUUGUAGCAUUGUGUACCCUCACCUGGGUAUUAACACUGUAAAUAGUCUGUGAGUGAGUUUCCAUUAUUCUGCGUAGUGAUGCUAGGAUACCUAACAAACACAUUUCAGAUUCUUUUUUUUUAUUAUUAUUUAUUUGACUAGGUAUGUUUGUAACUUUUUACAUUGCAAAAUAUGAAUGAGAAUGUGCCAUGUGUAAUUUUUUUUCUCGUAGUAAGAGACAUCCAUAUUGCACAACUCUGCUGUUGCAAGCUCCCUUGAAAGGACACUCUCUUUUAAUGGGUUCUUAAACCGAAUGGUUGUGUAUGGGUAGCACUACUAAAGUUUAGAACUUGCUGUGUCUUUGAGAAUUUUUAAAUAAAUUGUAAACUAAUAGGUUUUUACUUUUUAGUUACUGAAGCCUUAUAAGGUUAUGUAGAGAGAUUCCAUCUUAUGUACCAAAAAUAGACAAAAGAGAAUGCUGUCAAUAUUGGUGUACUGUAAUGUGAAUCUAUUCUGGUGAAAACUUUUUUUUUUGUUGCCCUUAUUAAAACCUUAGUGUCCUUUCCUUAUUUGUGACUCUCUCUCAAUUGCCCCUACAAAUAAUAUAUAUAUACAUAUAUAAAUAAAUGAACAUAAGCUUAAAGCAUGUGAUCAUCAUGACAUGUAUUUUGUUUAAAAAAGGGAGACAAAAGAAAAAAAAAAUCCAAAGGAAAAAGCGGGGGAAAAAAGAAAAAGAGAAAAAUGUCUGAUGACAAUGCUAUAUAAUUCUUUUCUGUCUUUUCUGACCAUAAAUGCUGGUACCUCAUAUCACUGUAAAUCUGUCCUUUGUAGCCUUAGCAAAAUGAAUUUUGAUGCUGUAUUACAUAAAGUAAUAUGGUAUACUAAAUUUGAACUUGUUUGUUCUUGUGUUGCUGUACUUAAAUACAGUCAGUACUUGACAAUGGCUGGGAAAAUUCUCUUAACUAAUGCCUCCAUACAAAAGCCAUAUGACACAUAAGAUGUUGCAGAACGCUGAUAAAUUUUUGAAGAAAAUGCCUUUCAUAUGUUCUGUAUCCUUUCAUUGUGCUUAUUCUGCAUAAGGAAUCUGAUUUCCAGAUCUGCUCAAGUUUUGUUCCUUGCUUUUGUUGAACUGAUGCAAGCAUUGUGGUGGCUCAUGCAAUGAUUUUACUAUUGUUCUGAAAAAAAAAUGUGGUAAAAUAUUCUCCUACAAAAAGUAGUCAUUAGUUUUGCUUUCUUAACUGACUUCAAGUGUGUUGAGAAGAAUCAUUUAUGAAAGGGGGAAAUUUUCUGUCUGUGUAUGUAUGUGCAUAUAUAUAUAUAUGUGCAUAUAUGUGUGUGUGUGUACACAUACCACCUUAGGGCUGAUUUCUUGCAAGGGCUGCAUGACUUUAUCGUUUUCCUUAGCUUAAGAAGAAUGCACUUGGAUACUCAUCUUUCUAUACAGAGAAAUAAAGCUUCGGUUGCUUUGUUUUGUAAAGCAAGUUCAUUUAAAUUUUUACUAUUCCUGUAUGUCCAUGAAUAUGUAUUGACUUUAGAUAUACCAGUGUUUCAAAAGUA